UUCCACGGCUCGACGUUGAAGUGCUAGAGCUCUAUAAAUAGGACGUAACUGGCGCCCGCUAAAGAGAUUGUUUGAAGUUUGAAUAGAGUUCAGCGAGAGAGAAAAUGGAAGACGAUGCAGGCGAGAGAUCGAGCUUCGUUAUCGGUCUAAUAGAGAACAGAGCUAAGGAGGUUGGAGUUGCUGCAUUUGACUUGAGGUCAGCUUCACUUCAUCUUUCUCAAUAUAUAGAGACCAGCAGCUCGUACCAGAAUACAAAAACUUUGCUACAUUUCUAUGAUCCAAUGGUUAUACUUGUUCCUCCAAACAAGCUCGCACCUGAUGGCAUGGUUGGAGUUUCUGUUUUGGCUGAUAGAUUUUUUGCUACAGUGAAGAAGGUUGUAAUGGCUCGUGCUUGCUUUGAUGACACAAAGGGUGCUGUUCUGAUUAAGAAUCUGGCAGCCAAGGAGCCUUCAGCUCUUGGUUUAGAAACUUAUUACAAACAGUACUAUCUCUGCCUGGCUGCUGCUGCUGCUAGCAUUAAGUGGAUUGAAGCAGAGAAGGGGAUAAUCGUGACCAAUCACUCUUUAUUGGUCACGUUCAAUGGCUCAUCUGAUCAUGUGAGCAUUGAUGCAACGAGCGUUCAGAAUUUAGAAAUUAUUGAGCCACUUCACUCCAACCUUUGGGGAACAAGUAACAAGAAGAGAAGUCUGUACAACAUGCUCAAGACAACAAAAACUAUAGGAGGGUCUAGACUUCUUCGUGCCAAUCUUUUGCAGCCAUUAAAAGAUAUUGAAACCAUUAAUGCCCGUCUGGAUUGCCUGGAUGAAUUGAUGAGCAAUGAACAAUUAUUUUUCGGGCUUUCUCAAGCUCUUCGUAAAUUUCCUAAAGAGACUGACAGAGUACUUUGUCACUUCUGUUUCAAGCAAAAGAAAGCUACAAAUGAAGUUUUGCGUGCUGCUAAUGCUAAAAAGAGCCAAAAUUUGAUAUCUAGCAUUAUUCUUCUAAAAACUGCCCUUGAGGCAUUGCCUUUACUCUCAAAGGUACUUAAGGAAGCAAAGAGUUUUCUUCUUGCAAACAUUUACAAAUCUGUUUGUGAAAACGAAAAAUUUGCAACCAUUAGAAAGAGGAUUGAAGAAGUGAUCGACGAAGACGUUCUUCAUGCAAGGGUUCCUUUUAUUGCCCGCACUCAACAAUGUUUUGCGGUUAAGGCUGGAAUUGAUGGACUGUUGGAUAUUGCAAGAAGGACGUUCUGUGAUACUAGUGAAGCUAUACAUAAUCUUGCUAACAAAUACCGAGAGGAGUACAAGUUACCCAAUUUAAAACUGCCUUUCAAUAAUAGGCAAGGGUUUUACUUGAGCAUUCCUCACAAAGAUGUCCAAGGAAAGCUUCCUAGCAAGUUUAUUCAGGUCUUGAAGCAUGGGAACAAUAUACGAUGCUCUACCCUGGAACUUGCUUCUCUGAAUGUUAGAAACAAGUCUGCUGCAGGAGAAUGCUAUAUUCGUACAGAAAUUUGCCUGGAAGGACUGGUAGAUGCCAUAAGAGAGGACGUCUCUAUGCUGACACUGCUCGCAGAAGUCUUGUGCCUCUUAGAUAUGAUUGUCAAUUCAUUUGCACAUACAAUAUCAACAAAGCCUGUUGAUCGAUAUAAUAGGCCAAACUUUACAGAUAAUGGUCCGAUGGCAAUUGAAGCUGGAAGACACCCAAUCCUAGAAAGUAUACACAACGAUUUUGUUGCUAACAGCAUAUUUCUAUCGGAAGCAGCCAACAUGAUAAUUGUCAUGGGUCCAAAUAUGAGUGGAAAGAGUACCUACCUUCAACAAAUGUGCCUUCUAGUUAUUCUUGCUCAAAUUGGAUGUUAUGUUCCAGCACAUUUCUCAACCUUGAGAGUUGUUGAUCGUAUAUUCACACGAAUGGGCACAGAUGAUAGUCUAGAGUCCAACUCCAGCACAUUCAUGACAGAGAUGAAGGAAACAGCUUUUGUAAUGCAGAAUGUCUCUCAAAGAAGUCUCGUUGUCGUGGAUGAACUUGGGAGGGCAACUUCUUCCUCUGAUGGAUUUGCAAUUGCAUGGAGCUGCUGCGAACAUCUUUUGUCACUCAAAGCUUAUACCAUAUUUGUCACUCAUAUGGAGGGCCUAUCAGAGCUAGCAACCGUCUACCCAAACGUAAAAGUUCUUCACUUCCAUGUGGAUAUAAGGAAUAACCGUUUGGAUUUCAAGUUCCAAUUAAAGGAUGGAAUGAGACAUGUACCACACUAUGGCCUUUCAUUAGCAGAAGUGGCUGGAUUGCCCAGCUCGGUAAUUGAAACUGCUAGAGACAUUACUUCCAGGAUCAUGGAGAAGGAAGAAAGACGGAUGGAGAUAAACUACUUGCAGUAUCAUCCAAUCAGAAUGGCCUACAAUGUAGCUCAGCGUCUGAUAUGUUUGAAAUACUCCAGCCACGAUGAAGAUUCAAUACGAGAAGCAUUGCAAAAUCUUAAAGAGGGCUACAUUAGUGGCAGGCUAUGAUUCUUGGUAAUCGUUAUAUAAGACACAAUUAUUCAUAAUUCCAUGCUUGUGUGCAGAAACAACUCUACACUUGCAACUGAUGAAGUUCGCGUUUGUACAGAAAAAGAGAAUGGAAGAGGCGAGGAAACUUAAAGAAAAAAAAAGCUCAUCUCGAGUCUUUUUUAAGCUAAUCAAAUAACACAUUUGAUACGGAUUUAGUGGGAAAAUAGGGCUGAUUCCAAAACUAUUUUGCAAAAAAAACCAUCUCCCUGAAAAUUAUUUGCAAAAUUAGGGGUAUUGGACUAAAUUAGGGGUAUUGGAUUCAGUCUUUCUGGAAUUCAGUCUUUUGAAGAGACUGCAGUCUUGCUCCACCUCAGUGCAGACAUGGCAGUGGCACCUCAAGUGGCGGACACCUCAGCAGUCAAUUCAGUCUCACUGAAUCCUUGGAACUUAGUAUAUUCUUCUGCCAGCGUCACUUAUGGGACGGCACACUGAUGCCGUUUGAUUCUCUCUCUCUUUUUAAUUAUAAAAUAAAUAAUCAAAUUUAUUUCCGUUUGAAGUAAAAAAAUUAACCCAUGGUUCAAUUCUUCAAAGCUCCCUCAAAGUUCUCUCGAACUCCCUGAAGUUUCUCCCAACUCUCAAAAAUUUCCCAAACUUCUUUAACACUCGCUCAAAUUUCUCCCAACCUCUCCUAAAAUUAUCCCAAAUUCUCUCAAACUUCCCUAAAAAAUAUCUCAAAUCUCUCUUCAACAUUUUCAUUAUGAAGACAAAGAUCUCUUAAAACAAUAUCAACAUUUUCAUUUUAAAUAUACGCUUUUUAUUUGAUUUUUUCUUUUG